AUGACACAGUUUUCGCUUUGUGGCGAGUUUCACAGCUUUGAGAAGCAGCUGGGUAUAUCAACCGUGGUACCCAGCAAGGACGACCUGCAAAGUUGGCUGAAAGCGCAAACUAUUGAGAAUAGCCAUCUGAAAGAGCAACUGCAAGAAAAGCAAGCAAUGCUUAAAGCAGUGUAUGCAAUUGCAAGAGAAGGGAUAUCAGAAGGGGACCUUUCAGGAACAGCGGAAUUCAAGGUACUGAGCAUGGAGCUACUGAGCAUGAAGAAAGAGUUACAAUUAGUUGAGACAGAGCAACAAGGAGAUGGAAGUACUGAGCAAGAGAAAGAGAAAGAUGACGCGGAAACUUCCUUCCAUGAAGAAUUUCCAUGUAUGAGCCUUGCAGCUGGAAAUACGCCAACAAUUCUGCAAGCUCAAACUGCUGCAGAGGGGCACAAAAGACCACUCAGGACAUAUAGUUCGAGUAUGAAGAGUGUGACAACUUGCAAGACUCCACCAAAGAAAAGGCCUGUCGCAAAGCAAAAGCCCACUCCUACAAAUAAUGUUGAUGAGGAGCAGAAGAAAGAUGUUGAAGAGACACCUGUUACGGAUGAGGCACAGAAGAAAGCUGCAGAUGGUGGAGUUGUGGAUGGGGCAGGUGAUGAUGUAGCUGCAAAAGCCGUAGGUGAUGAUGUUACUGCAAAAGUCAAUGAGGAUACACCUGCAACUGUUGGUGACGGUUUGGUUAUGACUGCUCCAACUCAGCCAACUCCUGGAACUUUUGAUGACAGUUCUGCUUCAACACAGUUUGAGGACUCCAUGGUGAUAACUGCUACAACACCGCAAACACAGCCUGACAAUGCUCAGACCUACAGGUUGGUGCAACUAGGAGCUAACCCCGAUGAUAUGACGAAUGUUGAAGUGAGUGAAAUGAUAGAUGAGAUCGUCAGCAACAUUAACAAAACUGAACAUGGACCCGCAGUGACGGAGAAUGCAGAACCUACCUCAACUGCUACAACGCAGGAAAACGUUUUUAGCCUUGGAUUAGAAAAAACUCCAAAACCUGCAGGAGAGUUACUGAAGGAAGCUGCAAUACAAUAA